ACACAAAGCCAAGAAGAAGAACUAGCUGUUAGCAUCCAGGCUAUGAGGUUAGCUGGUUUGUUGAGUCCCUGCUGUGCGUUACGGCCACAGCUUGACCAAAACAUUAACACCAACACCAAGGCGACACAACGCAGUGCGAUUAAUUAGUGCAUUAAUAAUCAAGUGUCAGAGCCGUGCUGAUUAUUAGCCCCUUAGCUAACGCUGUUAGCGCCGUUAGCCUCGCUACCAGCAGCAGCACCAGCAGCUGCGGUAGCGGUCCACACAAUUUCAACACGUAAACGGGUUUUAAUAAGAGUCCAGAUGGAAACAAACGCACCGAAAAGACGAGACAACAAGAAAUCACUGCGGGUGAAAGUGAUCAGUCUGGGAAACGCCGAGGUGGGAAAGAGCUGCAUCAUCAAGCGUUACUGCGAGAAGAGGUUCGUCCCAAAGUAUUUGGCCACGAUCGGCAUCGACUACGGUGUCACCAAAGUGCAGGUUCGAGACCGAGAAAUCAAAGUGAACAUCUUUGACAUGGCAGGACAUCCCUUCUUCUACGAGGUCCGUAACGAGUUCUACAAGGACAGCCAGGGCGUGCUGCUGGUGUACGACGUGGGCCUCAGGGAGAGCUUUGACGCUCUGGACAGCUGGCUGGGGGAGAUGAAGCAGGAGAUGGGCUCUCAGGCCAACAUGGACAGCAUCGUCUUCAUCGUCUGCGCCAACAAGGUGGACCUGACGAAGAGGAGGGUGGUGGACGAAGGUGAGGGGCGUCUGUGGGCGGAGUCCAGAGGCUUCCAUUACUUUGAGACGUCGGCCCAGAGCGGCGAGGGGAUCAACGAGAUGUUCCAGGCCUUCUUCUCCUCCAUCACCGACAUGUGUGAGAACGGCGGGAAGCGGCCGGUGUCCGAGGUCAGCGCGGGCUUCACCAAAGAGCAGGCCGACACCAUCCGACGCAUCCGCAACAGCAAAGACUCAUGGGACAUGUUGGGGGUGAAGCCCGGGGCCACACGGGAGGAGGUGAACAAGGCGUACAGGAAGCUGGCGGUCCUGCUGCACCCGGACAAAUGCGUGGCGCCCGGCAGCGAAGACGCCUUCAAGGCGGUGGUGAACGCCCGCACCUCGCUGCUGAAAAACAUUAAAUAACACACACACUGGGACUGAGGACUCACACAUGGUGUUUAUUUAUUUAUUUAUUUGUAUGUUUACUGAUGGUAGCGUGUUGUGUGCCAUGUCGCUCGCCACCGUGCUGCAUGCCAACCUUUCCAUUGUGUACCUGGUAACUGGGGGGACUGGGUGGAGGAGGACGACGGCCACAGAACGAAGAAGAGUUCUGAAAUUACAAAGACCAAAUUUUUUACAUCAAAACUCAGAAAAGUUCUAUGAAAUAAUUCAAAUCAAAUUAAACAUUUAAUUAAAGUCUAACUUCAGAACUGAAAUGUGAUUGGUUGUUUUAAAUUUAUUAUAAAUACUUCAAAUAUUUUUUCUUUUGUACAUGUCAGCACGUUUACAUCCAAAUUUAAAAUCUGAUUUUAAUUUGCUGUUUUAGUUUGAGAAAUUUAUUAAAUAUAAAUAAUUUGGUUAAUUUAUGAAAAGCCAAAAUUCAGAUUU